AUGGUGACAUUCAUUUGCAGAAAACUGGCACGUGGUCAUUGCUAUAUUCCCGAAAAUAUCCAUUUAACAGGUAAAACGAUUAUCAUCACUGGUGCAGCGUCUGGUAUCGGUCGCGUAUCAGCGAUUGAACUAGCUAAAUUAGGAGCGAAAGUGAUUGUUGGUAUACGUGGUAAAAGUCGAUCGGAAACAACAGCUGAAUCAAUUCGACAUGAAGCAAAUGUCAGUGACGAGAAAGUGAUCGGUUACAAUCUUGAUUUAUCUGAUUUAUCUGUUGUAAAAGCAUUUGCUGAUGAAAUUCUGUCACAUGAAGAACGUAUUGAUAUUUUGUUGAAUAAUGCUGGUACAAUGCAGAAAAGUCAUUUGUUAACUGCCGAUGGAUUUGAAAGUCAGUUUGGUACGAAUCAUAUGGGCCACUUCUAUCUAACAAAGCUUCUUUUGCCGCUGUUAAUACGCUCGGAAGCACGUGUCAUCAAUGUUAGCAGUAUGAUGCAUUGUGUUGUGGAUGAUCGAGGUAUCGACUAUGAGUUUCAAUGUUCGCCUUAUCGUCCAAUACAUGCGUAUGCACAGUCGAAAUUGGCUCAAAUAUGGCAUGCAUGCGAGCUGCAAGAGCGGUUUGGAUGCCGAGGUAUCAGUGCAUAUUCUGUCCAUCCUGGUGCAAUUAUGACAUCAUUAACACGAGAAAUGCCACCCUUCAUUCUCGUAUUCAUUCGACUGUUAUACUAUUUGAUUGGAAAGUCGCCAUAUGAAGGUGCGUUGACAAGUUUAUAUUGUUGUUUAUCGAAGGAUGUGAAACCCGGUGAGUUUUAUGCUGACUGUAAACAAGCUGAAGCAAGUCCCAUCGUUUAUAAUAAAACAUUAGCCGAAGAAUGUUGGAAUUUUAGCGAAAAAAUGAUCAACGAAAAAACACACUAA